GCUCGGAUGACGGCACGGUGCGUUUCUGGGAGGUGAGCUCGGGGCGCUGCCUGCGCACGCUGCCCGUCGGAUCCGUGGUCAAGAGCGUGGCCUGGAACCCCAACCCCUCCAUCUGCCUGGUGGCCGUGGCCGUGGACGAGCAGGUGCUGCUGGUGAACGCGGGCCUGGGGGACCGGCUGCUGGUGUCGGGCACGGAUCAGCUGCUGGAGGCGUGGGAGGCUCCGCAGGAGGAGCGGCCGCAGCCGGUGCGCUGGGAGCCGGCCAGCGCCGAGGAGCGCGCCCGGGGCGUCCGCCUGCGCGUGCAGCACGGCAAGCCGGUGACGCAGGUGACGUGGCACGGCAAGGGCGACUACUGGGCGUCGGUGGUGCGGAGCCCGGGCGGGCAGCAGGUGCUGAUCCACCAGAGCAGCCGGCGCUGGAGCCAGGAGCCGUUCCGGCGCAGCCCGGGCCUGGUGCAGUGCGUGCGCUUCCACCCGCUGCGGCCCCACUUCCUGGUGGCCUCGCAGCGCUCGGUGCGCGUCUACAACCUGCUGCGCCAGGAGCUCACCAAGAAACUGCAGAGCAACUGCCAGUGGAUCUCCAGCAUGGCCGUGCACCCCGGAGGGGACAACGUGAUCUGCGGCAGCUACGACAGCAAGCUGGCCUGGUUUGACCUGGACCUGUCCACGCGGCCCUACCGCCUGCUGAGGCACCACGGCCGCGCCGUGCGCUCGGUGGCGUUCCACCGCCGCUACCCCCUGUUCGCCUCCGGCUCCGACGACGGCUCCGUCAUCGUCUGCCACGGAAUGGUCUACAAUGACCUGCUGCAGAACGCGCUGCUGGUGCCGCUCAAGGUGCUCAAGGGCCACGCGCCCACCCUGGACCUCGGCGUGCUCGACGUCGCCUUCCACCCCCAGCAGCCCUGGAUCUUCUCCGCUGGGGCCGAUGGGACCGUCAGGCUCUACACCUGAUCCAACGGGAUCCAUGGGAUCCACCUGGAUCCACCAGGGUUCCAGUGAGAUCCUCAGGGAUCCGCCUGGAUCCACCCCCAGCAGCCCUGGAUCUUCUCCGCUGGGGCCGAUGGGACCGUCAGGCUCUACACCUGAUCCAACGGGAUCCACCUGGAUCUACCCAGAUCCAUGGGAUUCCAGUGGGAUCCACCCCCAGCAGCCCUGGAUCUUCUCCGCUGGGGCUGAUGGAACCGUCAGGCUCUACACCUGAUCCAACGGGAUCCACUGGGAUCCACCCAGAUCCACCAGGGUUCCAGUGAGAUCCUCAGGGAUCCGCCUGGAUCCACCCCCAGCAGCCCUGGCUCUUCUCCUCGGACACCCUGAUCCGAUGGGAUCCCCUGGGAUCCAGCAGGAUCCCAUUGGAUCCCUGGCUCUUCUCCAGCGGCACUGUGUGUCUCUCCAGCUGCCCUUCCCACGGGGAUCCACAGGGAUCCACCCGGAUCCAGCGGGAUCUGCUGCUUUCAUAAUUUACCGUGCUCAAUAAAGGCUUUUUUUGGAUAUGAUCCCGGAGAUCUUCAUGUGCUGAAUUCCCGAUAUUCCCAUCCCCACAUGUUCAUCCCACAUUCUCCACACCCGACCUUCCCACAAGGAUCCGGUGGGCUCCGCCUGGAUCCAACCGGAUCCAUCGGGAUCUGCUGCCUUUGGAAUUCCCAGCACUCAAUAAAGGCUUUUUUUGGAUACA